CGCCGGGAGACCCCUGGGUAGAUUCCGCUCAUUUCAGCCAGAGCGAGCCAAAGAGCGGAGCUGAGGAGAAAUGCGGGCGCAGCCAAAGCAGCAGCAGCCGCCGCCGCCGCCACUGGUCCAUUAGCGGGCCGGGAUUUGGGAUUUUUGGGACCGGCGGGCGGGGGCGUCACCAAAAUGCACGGCGGCUGUGGCAACGACCUUGCCGGCGGACCAGCAUCGCCGCGGGGGACGUGACGAGAGCCGCCCGCGCUAAAGUCAAAAGGCAGGUGCGACCCGGCAAAGGCUUUUUUUUUUGGGUGGUCUUUUUGUCGCGGUGGGAGUGGCAGCGGGCAUUGUCCCCGCGGCGGCGGCGGCGGCGGCGGCAGGAGCUGCCUUGCUUUGCCUUCCUUCUCCGGCGGGCGGACUUUGGAAAGCAAAGGUGCUGAGGCUCGGUCUGGAAGGCUGCGCCGACGGUUCCGGGUGUGAAAUGCUGGUCUGGCUGAAAGAAGAAGAAAUGUCGCAUCGGGAACUCAGCCAGCGCCUGGCAACGGUCAUCACCCAUGUGGAUGAAAUAAUGCAGCAGGAGAUCAGGCCUGUCACGGCGGUGGAGAUCAUUGAACAACUACACCGACAGUUUGCUAUUUUGUCAGGUGGAAGAGGCAAAGAUGGGGCACCAAUCAUUACUUUCCCCGAAUAUCCAGGUUUCAGUGAGAUCCCCGAUGAAGAUUUUCUGAACGUUGUCACCUACUUAACUAGCAUUCCCAGUCUGGAGGCUGCCAGCAUCGGUUUCAUCACCAUCAUAGACAGACGGCGGGACAAAUGGAGCGCGGUCAAGGCAUCGCUCACCCGAAUCGCAGGAGCAUUUCCCGGGAAUUUGCAGUUAGUCUUUGUCCUCCGGCCGUCCCGUUUCAUCCAAAGGGCGAUCGCUGACAUCGGCAUCAAACUGUAUCGCGAUGACUUUAAAAUGAAGGUACCGAUCAUCAUGUUAAAUUCAGUGUCUGACUUACAUGGUUACAUUGAUACAAGUCAGCUUACUCGGGAGUUAGGAGGAACCUUAGAAUAUGGACACAGUCAGUGGAUACACCAUCGAACCGCCAUUGAAAAUUUUGCCAUGACUGUGAAAACCACAGCACAGAUGUUACAGGCCUUUGGAACAAACCUGGCGGAAACUGAACUUCCCAACAACGUCCAGUGCACGGAAGAACUUUUGUGUUCCCACACAGAACAACACACCAAGUUGAAGGAUGAGCUGAAGCUAGCGGUAAAGCAGGGAGCCAUGCUACUGACUUGUAUCCGAGAACCUGUCUCACGAAGUGCCACCAGCAGACUCAGUCCUGAUGAACUAGAAAACGUGGCAACGGUAGAAAGGUUGCUCGCCCAGUUGGAUGAGACCGAAAGAGCUUUUGAUCAAUUUUGGUCCAAGCAUCACCUAAAAUUAGAGCAGUGUUUGCAGCUCCGACAUUUUGAACAGAAUUUCCGUGAGGUCAAAUUAACACUGGACAACUUGAUGGAAGUGCAAGCAGUUUUCACGGAUAUUGGAGACAGCAUUUCCCGCGUGGAGCAUAUCCUGAAGGAACAAAGACAAUUAGAAGAAAGAGGACAGGAACCUUUGGAAAGAGCCCAGUCCUUAGCUGUCCACGGAGACCAGUUAAUCCAAAAUGACCAUUAUGCAAUUGAUUCCAUUAGACCGAAGUGUGUUGAACUCAGGAGGAUCUGUGAUGACUUUGCCAAUGAAACCAAGAAAAAAUACGAUAUCUUGGGGAAAUCCCUUGAAUUACACAGACAGUUAGAUAAGGCUAGCCAGUGGGGUGAAGCUGGAAUCUACCUCUUAGCUUCCCAAGCUGUAGACAAAUGCCAGACACAAGAGGGAGCUGAAACUGCACUUUGUGAGAUAGAGAAGUUCCUGGAAACUCUCAAAGACUACCAGAUGCUGAAUGCAAAGGAGUUCUACAACCAGUUUGACAUGAUUCUCACCCCAGAAAUAAAGAGCAAUGCCCAAAGAGUACUACAGAAACUCGAAGACGUGCAAGAAAUGUUUGAGAAGAGACAAGUCAGCCUCAAGAAGUUGGCAGCCAAGCAGACCCGACCAGUACAACCCGUUGCCCCUCAUCCCGAAUCCUCGCCCAAGAGACCCUCUCCUAAAACCGUCCGUCCUGCCUCGUUAGCUCCCAAUAGAAGAUCAGUAGAAAUUCCUAGCCCUCCAAAAUCCAUUUCUGAUGCAGAUUUGUCAAAAAAGAAAAGUGUAAAGAAGGCUAAAGGUGGAAUUAAGAUUGAAGUGAUGCAUGAAGCGAGUCAGGGAGGUUCCAGCAGAGUCUUGGUAAUAAGUGAAAGUGAAGAAAAUCUUUCCACUAGGAGAAGCCAUAUAAUAAAUGAACUGAUAGAAACCGAACGUGCUUACGUGGAGGAACUUCAGAGCAUAAUUGAGGGCUAUGCAUCAGAAAUGGACAACCCUGAUUUAAUUCACUUGAUCCCAGCUGUAGUUUUGAACAAGAAAGAAGUUCUUUUUGGAAACCUCUCAGAAAUCUGUGAAUUUCACAACAGAAUCUUCCUCAAAGAGCUGGAAAACUGCAUAGAAAAACCUGAGCUUUUGGGUCGGUGCUUUUUAAAAAGAAAAGAAGAUCUUCAGAUCUAUGAAAAAUAUUGCCAAAACAAGCCAAAGUCAGAGGCUCUUUGGAGGCAGUGUGGAGACAGCCUUUUUUUUCAGGAGUGUCAGAGGAAAUUAGAUCAUAAACUCUCCCUUGAUGCUUAUCUUUUAAAGCCGGUCCAGAGAAUUACCAAAUAUCAGUUGCUUCUGAAGGAAAUGUUAAAAUGCAGCAAGAAUUCCGAAGGCACUGCUGAACUUGAAGAAGCUCUCGCAACUGUCCUUGAUAUCAUCAAGUCAGCGAACGAUUCCAUGCACCAAAUAGCAAUUACAGGCUAUGAGGGAGAUGUGGCCGAGCUGGGUAAAUUGCUCCUUCAGGGCUCUUUUAAUAUCUGGACCGACCACAAGAAAGGACACAACAAAGUCAAAGAUUUGGCCAGGUUCAAGCCAAUGCAGAGGCAUCUCUUCUUAUAUGCAAAAAGCCUACUUUUUUGCAAGAAACGGGAAGAAAACACAGACGGUCACGAGAAGUCUCCUUCCUACAGCUUUAAAAAUUCCUUGAAGAUGAGCACUGUUGGCAUUACGGAAAAUGUCAAAGGUGAUUGUAAGAAAUUUGAGAUCUGGUACAAUGGCAGAGAAGAGGUCUAUAUUAUUCAGGCGGCGUCUAUGGAGCUGAAGAACACGUGGGUGUCAGAGAUCAGGAAAGUCCUAACAGGACAACUGGAAGCUUGCAGAGAAGCAAGCCAGCUUCACCAAAGAAUCACAGAGAGCGUUUAUCACGCACCAAUGAAUUCAGCCAACUCCUCCAGGUACGGCAGAAAAUCCAUGAGUUUGUGCGAAAAUAAAUCUGAACUCUCAAGCUUGGAAACGUCAAACAAGCGGAACGUGAGCCCCAGCACCAGGCAGAAAAGAGCCGAUUCUUCCACCAGCCUUAACCUUGAGCGAUCAGCUCUUGCUCGAAAGCGGUUUACAUUACAAGGCCUUUCCAACCGCAGAGCCCUACCCAAAGAUCCAGAGUCUAAAGAGAGAGACGUUCCCCGUCGCUUUUCCUUAGCUUCCUCCAUCAACUCCACAACUAACACAUCUUCUCUAACUAAAGGUCCCCUUGUUCCUGCGGUUAAAGUCAAGAGGCACGAAAUCAAAAGCGACCCAACUCCUUUCGGUUUUGAAGAUGCCUUUGAAAGCACCCUCUUGGCUCAAGCUAACUCCAACGCCGUUUCCUCUGCAAGAAUGGUACCCAGAUCAGCUUCACAGACAGGUUGGCCGAGCAGACAGAUGCCAUCGCUAGAUACAUUUGAGGACUUCGAAGCCAUCCCAUCCAGCACUGAGGACCUCUCAAACUCUUCAGAUCUGGAUGAAGACAGCCACCCUUCUAAUGGAUCGAAUCUAUACCGGGUAGAAGGGAGUUUUGAUACCUGCUUCCCAGACUCCCUCACCUUAGAAGAGGGCGAUCUAGUGCAGUUUAUUCAGGAAGGAGAGAAUGGACAAUGGUUAGUGAAGAAGCUAGUUUCAGAAAAAACAGACUGGAUCCCAUCCAGUCUGUUACAACCAGCAGAAAGUGAAGCCAACAGCAGUUGUAGAAUCAGUAAUUCAGAUGUCUACAGCGAUACCCACAGCUCUGCAUCCACAAACUCAGAAAUGAAGAUGGGAGAGCUGAACCGAAGUUUAACAGCUGGACAGAAAGCUGGAAGCUGAGCAGACCAGGAAACAUCUCCUCAGGGUUCAACCUUUUCUGUUUACCUGCCGAUGCUGGACCAAAUUGCCUUUUUUUCACCCAAGCUCCAGAUUUCACACUUCAAUAUUUUGUCAACGUGAAACACAUUAAAAAAAAAAAAGAAUCUAGUAAAUUUCAAAAUCGACUAAACUUCAAAGGUGUCCGAGUUACCUUCGUAUUCGACAAAACACACUCAUCGUAUGCAUUUUUAUAUUUUUUUUGCACUGCAUUUUUGACUGUCGAAAUUAGCCUAAAUUAGACGGACGACAACAGAUUGGGUUGAUAAACCCUCAGCUUCGGGGCAGAGUGAUGGAUUCUCAAAACUCAAAUCACCAGAUCCUCAAGGUGUCGUUCUGUUGGGCGGAAUGAAAAGUGUUCGUUCGCCAGUUUGGAUCAGCUGCUCAGCCACUCGUUUUCCGUGGCUCGAUCUAACUUACCUGCUGUUAUCUCAAAGACAAUCAAAACCAAGGGAGCCCCCCCCCCAAAAAAAGUCGAAGCUGAGUGACGACGGAGAAAGUGCAAUUCCUGAACCUGAGCCAACGGCCACACCUUUGCACGACAGGGAAAGGUGUCACUUGCUUUGGGUUAUAUGUGUAAUCUUUUGUCUCUACAGGGUGUUUUGGAUGCUAACUGGAAGCAAAUACGUAGCGUGAAAACUCAAAAAAGGGGAUGAGGAAAGGGCUUUCGUGAAGGCAAUUCUGGGAUGUGGCAUCGACAUGCCAGCUUUGUUCCCCCUCUGGAGGUUUCGCAUCCAGUUCUGUCUAAUGCUGCAAUUCAGUGCUUUACACUUGCGUGGAAUGCGUUUGGGCAUUGUCCUGUGCUGGGCUCUGGAUUAGGAUACAGAGUUUCUUCCCCACCCCAAUAUUUACUGAAUCCCCAUAUAAUGUCUCUCUCCCCCAUAACCCCCCCCCCAAAAAAUGAGGUACUUGCAAAGGGAAUGGUUGCCAAGGAGAAUGUGCUGUUGCUUGAAAGUUUCUUGCCAUGUCAUAUUUCGGGGGUGGGGGGGAAGCAUUGCAGCCCUCUCAACAAUAUCAUGAGUUUGCCAUAAGUAUAAAAUAAAAUUAGCUUGCUUCAAUUUAAAAGCUCCAGAGGCUGAUUAGAGAAUACAGGGACCUAGUCCAACCCCCUGCUCAAGCUGAGACCCUAUCCCAGUGUUGGCGAACCUUUUCAGCACUGGGUGCCAAAACGGGAGCCACACACGUUUGCCGGAAACCAGAACAGCAGGCUCCCGGUGCACAUGUGUGCGCCAAGAAGAUGAUCUUCCGGUUUCCAGUGCGCAUGCUGGUCUUUGCGCAUGCACACAAGCGCCAGAAAUCGGAAGACCAAGUGGUGUCAGGUUUCGAUGUCAUCUCAAAUAAAUUGCACUCCCAAACAAUUAAUCUUUGCUGAAAUAUUCCAUUUAUUGAGUACGACAGAUCUGGCCCCGACUUCGUCGUAGCCGAUACUAACCCUCUGACCCCCAAACCCUUCCCGUUCCGUUCCCCAAUUCUCAUCUUCUCAUUGGCCAUCUUCCAAGUCAGUCUCCCCAGCUUCUGACCUCACCCCACAGGAAUGUUCCCCCCUCCCAUCCCAUCUCCUAGGGGAUAUUAUCUACAGAGAAAAUAAGUAGGUGAAAAGUCAAGCCUCGUCUUUUUAUGGCAGCAUCAGAAUGCUGACAAGUGGCCGGUGGGCAUGUGCGUGCAGGAAACCGGAAGAUCAUAUUCCUGGCACCCGCAUGCGCACCAGGCAGCUACUCCUCCAGUUUCCAGCACUCCUGCACAUGUGAAGACCAGCUGGCCGGCGCACCGGAACCCGGAAGAGCAACAGGCAACGACUCACAUGCUCAGAGAAAUGGCUCUGCGUGCCACUUCCAGCACAUGUGCCAAAGGUUCACCAUCACGGCCCUAUCCAAUACUUCUCAACCUUGCCCGCUUGAAAAUAUGUGGACUUCAACUCAAUUUUACCCAUCAGCCCAUCAAUCAUGCUGGCUGUGAAAUUCUGGGAGUCGAAGUCCAUACAUCUUCAAGCGGUUGAGAAAUACUCACUGCCCUAUACUAUGGCUGUCCGAUCUCUCCUUAAAAACCUCCAGUUUUUUUCAUUUAAACCUCCAGGCAUUGCAAUUUGCAGGAUUCAAGGUGCACGUCAACAUCAGAGGGAGGGACUUAUAUUGUGAAAGUAUUUUGCAUGAAUUCUUCAUUUUGACGAUGAAGGGGGAAAGCUGGUUUCUACAAAUCUGCCUAUAGUGUCAUGUUCAAAAAUGUUUUUUUUUCCCCUGAAUAUAGGAAUAGGAUGAUUGAGGAGCGCUAUAUAAAAAUCUGAUCAAUCAAGAGAAAUCCAAAGGUUUUUCUCCAAUCCCUGGAAUGUGGCAACACCGCAUAAUCUGAAAGUUGCAUUUCUGGGGUCUUAGCAAUGCCUCUUGACUGGCACAUCAAUAGGUAGAUGUGCCGCUUGAAUGGUUUGACUGAUCUUGGAAUCCCACUAUAAAAGCGGAAUUAUUUCCCGGAAUAAGGCUUUGUCCUAUAAGCCUAUGCUAAAAUGUUAGGCCAAUGGUUUUCAAUCUAUGAACUGCAGACUCUGGAGGGACCACAAUGUUGCCAGAGGGGGGGUCCACAAAAGCUUGAAAAAAAUGUUAUGAUUUAAAUCUUGAGUUAAGUCUUGGUGGGCCAGAAAAGGUAUUUAAAGGGGGUUUGUGGGGAAAAAAAACUUGAGAACCACUGUGUCAGGCCAUUUUCCUGCUGAAUUUGCAACAUUACAAAUUAUUUUAAGGCAGCGUUCCUGAGACUCAUCGACCCCCUUCAUGAAAUGUUUGAUCGUUUAUCGACCCCCAAACAUUUAUUAUAUGAAAAUAACAAAUACGACUUUAAUUAAUAGUACCACAAAUCAUAAUAACAGCAACAGCGGCAACUCUCUGGAUAGUCGCAUCAAUCCUUGGGAGAGGGGGGGGUCAUUACUGACCACUUUGGAACCUUGAUUUAGGGCAAGGAUGUCCAACUUGUUAACUUUAAAACCUGUCAACUUCAACUCCCAGAAUUCCCCAGGCAGCCAUGCCGCUGCAGGAAUUCUGGGAGUUGAAGUUCAUAGGUGUAAAGGGGCCAUCGUUGCCCACUCCUGACUGGUGGUACAGGGGAAGCCUUGCUAAUGCUUUCCUGAUGCAAGGGCUCAUGGGAUACCAGACGUUCCGGAGGAAGGAAGGAAGGAACUUUGUCAUAAAGUGGGUGCUGGGGACAAGAGCAGUUGAGAAAUGCUGGCUGGCCAGUUCUGUGAGUUGAAGUCUGCAAAUCUUAAAAGUUGUCAAGGUUGGGCACCCAUUUCAGGAGUUUUAAACUCCACAUGGUCUUCCAGAUCACCUGGUAUUCCAUCACACAAACUGAGCCAAACAGUAUGAAACAAGAGUGUAGCCUAUGUGGUAUAAACUAGUUCUUUAAAUCAGGGGUCUCUAGCAACUUUAAGACUUGCGGACUUCAACUCCCAGAAUUCCUCAGCCAGCUAUGAAUUCUGGGAGUUGAAGUCCUCAAGUCUUAAAAGUUGCCGAGGUUGGAGACCCCUGCUUUAAAUCAUGCACGUAUGAUAAGACUGGUAAUGAGGGAUUGUAACUUUAAAGCAGCGUUUGUCCACCUCAGCAACUUUUAAGACGGGUCGACUUCAAUUCCCAGAAUUCCUCAGCCAGCAAGGGAAUUCUGGGAGUUGAAGUCCACCCGUCUUAAAGUUGCUGAGGUGGACAAACGCUGAUUUAAACAACGGGAAUCCCAUUGGGGCAUCUUUUAAUUUCUGAUCUGCUUUCCUAAGUACUACACUGAUCAGGAGUCACAGUGACAACAAGUUUGAGGCAUGUAGAUAGGGGAGGAAAAGAUUCUUGCAUUCCAAUUCAGCAAGCAAGGCCUGGUUUUCUGUGUGUUUGCAUUUGUCAAGAAGAUGCAUGUUACACACUCGCACACUCCAGGGUCCUUUGAGUUUCCUUGAUCCAGAGACGGUUGUUAUAUUGAUUUUUUUUUAAAAAAAACCCUUAUACUGUCCAAUUUUAGUGGCAUGAUUAGGAGGUUGGAAAUUUGCAAAAAAUUGGCGAUAAAAUACAGUUGAACUUGGCAUUCAGUACAGGACUAUUUCUGCCCUUACAGAACGGAGAACAUGUUCAGACACAAUGGAUAGAUUCACUUAGGAACACACUGUGGCACCUUCUAGCUAUAUUUGCAUUACAUUCCCUAGCUUUCCCAUUCUUUCCUUAAAUACACUGAACAGCUUUGGAAAAAAAAACAUCUGGGGAUCAGAAAGAUAGCACGCUACAGGUAAUCCUCGACUUGCCACCCUUCGUUUAACAACUGUUCAAAGUCACAACAGCCGUGAAAAAUGGGACUUUCCAACCGGGCGGGAUCACACUUACGACUUUUGCAACAUCCCCACACUGUCACAUGAUCAGAAUCCGGGUGCUUGGCAAUUGGCUUAUAUUUAUAAUAGUUGCAGCGUCCUGGAAUCACAUGAUCCCCAUUUGCCACAAGUAAAAGUUAAUAAGGGAAAUCCAGAUUAACUUAACAACCGUGUGAUUCCUUUAACAAGUGCAGUGACUCACUUAACAACCGUGGGGGGAAAAAACCCAGGCAAAAUUCACAUAUCAUCAACCGCCUUGCAUACCAACGGAACCUCUGCUCUCCAUGGUGGUCACAAGCUGAGGACUACCUGUAUUUAAAAUCCUCCUCUGUACUGUGUUAGCCCCAGAGCUGCUAAAUUUUGCUGCUAAAACUCCUGCAAAUGUUAUUUGCAGGGGCGUCUGCGGGAAAGGAGUUAAAAAAGGAAGAAGAAGAAAAAAAGAUGGCGGCCAUGGCCACCUAAUCAAAGCCCCACCCCUUUUUAUACAGAGAAAAGAGGCGGGGCUUUGGUUGCAUCCUCUUGAUGGCCGCUGUCUUGAUUUAUCUCUUCCCUUAAGAUGUCCUUGAUUACUCGGCCCGGGAUCUGUAAUUUUUAAAUUUGUUUUCCACGUUGAGGAUAACGUUAUUUGUGGUUCAUCAUAGCUUGGAAGAGCAGCAGGGAAAUUCUGCUUCCUUCCUUCAUUUCUUGUUAUCAGGACCGAAUGUAUGAAUGUACUCCAAAAAUGUGUGUUUGUGUGAAGCUGAACUUUCUGUAAAUAGACCAUUACGAACUGUGUAAAACCAGUCCUUUGUUUUGACUUUCUAAGAAUUAUAAAUACCAUGUUGCAAAACC